GGCCAGGCAGUGAUUCCUCUCAAGUUUGUAGAUCCAGAUCAGUGGAGCGACGCGUUAAAAGUCAUCAAGAGAAACAAGGACAAGAUUUUGCUCACCAUGUCAUCAGAAGAAGUUAUUGUUAGUGGUCCAAAGCAAAGCCAAGAUGAAUUCAGUGCCGUCCUGAAUGCAAUGCAGACGACAAACACACCAGCUGAACAGCACAAACCUGCUACAGAUGGUACAUUACUGAAGAUGUACAUGGACCUCAAAAAUCCAUUUACUAAGGCAAGACUACCAACAGAAGAAAAACGCAGGAAGGUGGCUAAGACAUCUGCUGAAGAUCUUAACACCAAAGAUAAAUGUGGUUUAGAGGUUAAAUCUAGCAACAGACAAGGCGAUAGUGAUUUAGGAAAUUACUUUCAGUCUUUGCUGCAACAGAAAAGGGACUCUAGAGCAGAUCUACAGAAUUCCAUUAAAACGUCAACCAGGCAGUUUUUGGAGGACAGCAAAGAUGACUCAUGUUCAAUUUGUUUGUCCGAUUUUAUUAAUAAGAAGCAGCUGAAGUGUAAACAUGCAUUUUGUGAGGGGUGCCUGCAAAAUGCAAUAAAAACAUGUGGACCCAUCUGUCCGAUAUGCAAGGAUGUUUUUGGUGUGAUGAAGGGAAACCAACCUGAUGGAACAAUGACUUGGAAUAAGUAUCCAUUAUCCCUCCCUGGAUUCCCAUAUAAUGGCCAUAUAUUAAUCACCUACGACAUUCCAAGUGGAAAACAGACGGAAGAUCAUCCAGAACCUGGUCAGUACUAUGGAGGAACUACCAGAAUAGCAUAUCUUCCUGACAACAAAGAGGGAAAUGAAGUUCUGCUUCUCCUGAAAAAAGCUUUUGACCAGAAGCUGAUUUUCACUGUUGGGACUUCGAGGACAACUGGGAUGGAUAACAUGGUGACCUGGAAUGACAUCAAUCACAAGACGUCCAUGACAGGAGGACCACAGUGCUUUGGGUAUCCAGAUGAGAACUACCUGAGCAGAGUCAAGGAGCAGCUGAAAGCGAAGGGCAUCCAGUGAAGUCUUUACAUUAACUGAAUUUU